UAGUCGACUGCGCGGCGUCGGUCGAGGCGCGUUGUGGACGAUGUGACGUGCACAGACGCUUACGAACGUUACCGGCGCGCUCUCUUCCUCCGUAUCGUCCACUACCUCAUUGUCCUCUCGCACGCAUGCAUUAUCCUUGUAAUCGUCAUCGUUAGCCGCCGUUUGUCAGCUACUGGGUAAACGGGACAUCUCAGCCGCGUGGCAUCGUCCAUUCUAUCAGCACGAUUGAUCGAGAGGACAAGUGCACGGCGCACAAUACAAUGGAUCGAUCGUCGAAAUUGAUACUGCGGAAGGUCAUCGUGGACUUCCUUUGCCUGGCGGUCGUGGGCAUCACGGUGCUGAUGUUCUACCUGUUCGGCAAGCCGUACAAACGUGGCUUUUUCUGUAACGAUGAGUCACUUUCUCAUCCGUAUCACGAUUCUACGAUUACGAGCAUGAUGUUGUACAUCGUCGGCAUUUUCCUUCCAGUAUUCACGCUUAUUCUAGGAGAGUUCUUGCACGCGAGACAUUGCACCGAACAAACGGGGAAGGUGCUGUUCGGAUAUUCCGUACCUCUGUGGGUGUGCAACGCUUACGAAAAGGUCGGUAUAUUUCUCUUCGGCACGGCGUGUACCGUUUUAAUUACGAACGUCGCAAAGUACAGCGUAGGCCGGCUACGACCGCACUUCAUGACGCUCUGUGUGCCGAAUGUCAACUGUACCUUGCCGGAGAAUCAGUAUAAGUACAUCGAGAACUUCGUCUGCACCUCAUCGAGCAUCACGGCGAUGCAGUACAAGGAAUUGAGAUUAUCCUUUCCCUCCGGUCACUCGUCAUUCUCGGCUUACACCAUGAUCUACCUAGCGAUGUACCUUCAAUUGCGAAUCAGGUGGAAAGGCAGCAAACUGCUGAAACACUUUCUCCAGCUGAUAUGCCUGCUCAUGGCUUGGUUUACCGCGAUGUCGCGCAUUUCUGAUUAUAAGCAUCAUUGGAGCGAUGUACUCGCAGGAUCUGCAAUCGGCAUCGUCUGCGCUCUAGUGGUGACGCUCUACAUUGCGGAUCUCUUUGGCGAAGAGAAACAAUAUCCCGUGGAAAAGCAUCAAUCCACUGAUUAUGAGACGGAGAUUGGCAUGCAGGUGAAUAAUGGCACCGCUAAUCACAACUAUUGACCUAACGAGCUCGCUCUUCGCUUGCUGACCGCAACAAGGCCGUGACUGUCUUCUAGCUGCCUCUGGAAAGCUAAGACCUGGUCACUGUUGACGGACAUGAGAUCUCGAAUCGGAAUGUCGACGCGACGUAGUUCCCAGCCUCGGGUCCUUAGUGACGAAAAUUUUUGGCCCGCAGGAAUUCCUUCCAUAUACCUUGAGACAGUACACUGCCUUACCGUUUAUUCCGAACUACUCGUCAUAAAAUAGAGGAUCAGUUUGAUCGAUUUUGCUUUCGGGCGAGCGUCACGCCCGAUCUUUCGCAUCCGAUGAUCCGAUGAUCUCUUUGAAGCUUGUCGACACUUUAUAAAUGUUAUAUGAGGAACAAGAAAAAUAGAAGAAAAAAGAAAAAAAAGAAGAAAGAGAGGGAAAGAGGAAAUUUGGAAAAAAAUGUGAUUUAACACGCGGUUGAUUGUGUGUUCUUUUUGUCUUUCAUCGUCGAGCUUUGUAUGGUCGGUUAGACGCGGUUCUGGUGCGAAGAGCGAUAUUUGUUUUGCAGCGAGAAGUUGCAACGUUCUUUUUCCGUUUUACAUUGAAUUCUUCUGUUUUACGUUUAUUUAGCUUUUAAUGUACGAUAUAUAGAUGCGCUUUAGGAGCUUAUGUUCUCUCUUGUUGUAGUGUCGCGUGGUCGUGAUUCAAACGGGAAAUGAAAGAAUUGUCUUUGUAACGCGCACUAUUUUAUAGAGUAUUGCCGAUGGAAGAAGUAUUUAUUUCUCGGGCGCGACAUAUUUAUUUUUUAUGUCCGAUGGAUGCUUCGUCCUUUUUAUUGUGAAUGACCAUGUGUUUUGUAUUAUAUUUUAAUUACGAUAGGUUUUAAAUUAUAGCUUAUGCUGUGUUUACUACUCGAACGGCUUAUCUGUGCCGCUUGCAGUAAUCGAAUACUAUGCACGAUACAAUCUAUUAUGUAUGAGCGUCGUUUGUGUGUAUCCGAAAUGAAAGGUAUGCCACACUCGGCGACGAUGAGACUGGAUGGUUGACAAGUGCGAAUGCGUAAUAGUAUUUAAAGUGUAUCUUCUACGAAUCUUUCUUUAUUGUCUUUUUACAGUAGUAUUAUUAUUUUUGUUUCGUGCAUACGCAAACGACGCUCUUCUUGUGACAACCUUCGUGUAUUCGAAUAUAUUAAAUAUAUAUCAAGUCUCGAAUAUACACAUCUAGGAAACUAUUUUUCGAAUAGCUCAGUUUUUUCCGUCAUAUUAUGCAUGUUGGCCUAUUCUAUGAGAGAGACGGAUGUAGAUCGCAAAAUAGAAUCACGGCCAUUUACAUGAAUGUAAAAGAGACUCGGAAAGAGAUGGUCGACAAAGUUAAGGUAUAAAUCAAUUUCGACUUUACCCAUAUAAGUAUACAUGCGACUUAACGCCGUAAUUAGUGAUUGCGAAUUAAACGUUAUAAUAAGUCUACUAUAAAACGUGACGAUAAGCUGCCACCAGUAAGAAUUGCGAUCACUCUUAUUCGUGAUAUGAGCUGAGACUAUACAAUAUAUUCUAAGGAAAAUAAUCAUCUUUAUGAAAGUAAAUAUCUGAUCAUCGAGGUAUCUAGAAAUUUAUUCCACAACAUUUUUAUAUUCGUUUCCACAUUUCCGAAGUAUUCACUUCUUUGCUCAAAUGAAGAAAACUAAAAAAAUUUUUCUUUUCCUCUUAGAAACAACGUUGUUCUGCUUUCAGUUUAAGCAAUUUGUCGCCAGAUUAUUAUUUCUAACAAAAUAUAUAUUUAUUAAUGUUAUAUAAAAUUAUAUAUAUAUAUAUAUAUAUAUAUUAAUUAUACAUUAAUAUGAUAGAUAUAGUAAAAUCACAGGACCUUAUAGUUGGUUACUCGUUGUUAGUGAUCGAUUGCUACUUUCUAUAUGACUUCUAUGCACUCGAUACGUAUCGAAGGUGCAUAUUACGUGUAAUUAAUCCUACACGUAUUUAGUUAGAAUAGACGGUACACGAUAUAUGGUGCUCUAGAGAUCAUUAAAUAUAUGUCGGCGAUCCAUUUAAUUAAAAAGUAUUUAUCUCGAUAGAAGGAAAGCCGCGUACACAUUUGCAUAUUGAUAUAUAAAAAUCUUUAUUUAUUUUAUAACAAACUAUAUACACAUGUAUAUCUGUAUAUACGCGUAUAUACAUUGUUACACAUAGAACAAUACUGACCUCAAUUUUAAUUUGUUGAUAAAUCCAUUUAUCAUUGUUAAUCUGCCAUUUUUCUGACACCUUAAGCAUUUUUAAUUAAAGAAAGCAAAUCUAAAGUUUUUUCGGAUGAAAGUUUAAUUUGGAUUUAUAGAAAUGUUCGGUACGGAAAUUAAGGUUGAGGUAUUUAUUGAGACAUUCGGUACUCAUAUAUAUAUAUAUAUAUGUAUAUAUAUAUAUAUAUAUACUUCGUGUAUUUAAUAUACAACAUUUAACAUGUUUAUCUUUAAUAUUUUCGCGACGACGUACUAAUGGAUGUAUCCGCUUUCAGAUCAGAAAGCCUAAUAAUCAGAUUGCCUAAAACAUAAUAUUAUUAAAAGAGAAGGUUAACGCGCCUCGAAAUUAGGACCAACGAAACAUUCGUCGUCGUGAAUGUGUUAAGUUAGCCAAAUUAGUGACACAAGUCACAUUUUCGCAUUUAGUAAAAUGCAACAAUUGAAAUCAAUCGACCACACGAUACGGCGAUUGAUUUUCUAGAUGCGAGAUCACGAUGUUCAUGUCGUCGUAGAUCAUACAUACCUUUGAUCGUGUUAAGAAGUAGCACAAAUAACAUGAAAAAUAGAUCGGGAUCAUGUUAUAUAACGAGACCAAUAUUGUACGAUUAACUAACGACUCUCAGCGAUCUACGCCUACUUAUCUACGCUCUUUAAAUGAAAUUAUAUUAUGUAUUACGAUUCUGGUAAGCAUGUCAAUUACGCGAAACUCGUCGUCGAGAGCGAAACAUGUUUCGUGCGAGCCGCGUACUCGAUAAAGCUGUACGGUAGAUAAUAAAUUAUUGAGUUAUACAAAUCA